AAAUUUGAGAGGGAACGGUUUCUUUACUGUUGUCGGUUGGGAGCUUCUUUCCUUCUCUCUCUCCUCCUGCAUUCCCUUUUCGCUAUCACUUAUCACUGAUAAGUUAUCACCGCUCUCUUUUAGGUUCUUGGUCGUGGUCACUUUGGAUAUUUCAAGUUUGUAGUUCUCGAGUGAUGAGUACUCAAAAGGUCACUGCUGGUGCCGGACUUAUUGUGAAUUGAACUCGACAAAAAGUAAUGGACGACAGUUGGGCCGAGUUGAGACGCCCAAUAACAGCUUUCAACGACAUUAGUAAACGAGAUAAGCCACCACCGACAAGAUCUGCAUCCAAACAGCAGCAAGUCGUCAACACCACCAGAGCAGCAAAGGUGACUGUCGUUGAAGCAGUAAAACAAGGGAAAAUAGACUUGAAGUCAAGACUCGCAACUUCUGGAAUUGCGGCUCGUCGUUUAGAAAUGGCGAUGAAUCAAAAAACGAAAAGGGCCGAAACCCAAUUUGCCAAUCGAGGAAUUGAUGUCAGACAACUAAAGAGCUCUUCGGGGUCGGACCCGUCUAGCAUUAUGUCCAGUAGCAUUACGUCCAGUGGCUCCAACAUGACGAAUGGGUCAACAGUAGUGGCAUCAUCCGAAGCGUCUACUACGUCCGAAGCCAGGAGGAAACAGCUCAAUAAAUGGAAGCAAGAAAAAAAUGCGAUGCAAAAUAUAGCGGAUAAAAAACCAACCUUUAAGCCUGGAGGAGUAUCAAGUUUAAAUAACAAACCACAACAGCUACCACCACCCCCUCUCAUUCGACAGAAAAAUUCUAGUGAGGAAAAGAAAGUCGUCCAGAAACCCCCAGCUCCCGUCCGAGCUGCUCAACUGCCACCAGCAAAAAAACCUUUAACGAAAUCAAAUGAUGGUGGGGUGCAAACUCAAUUACCCGAACGUCGAGUAACUCGUGCAAUGGCUAAAGGUAUGGAGGUAGAGCCUAAAGGAAAAGCUGCAACCAAAAUUGUCGCCAAUAAUAGCAGUAAGAGUAAGACCAUUUUGCCACAAAUGAAAACCCUGACUAUUAAUGGAAAUAAUCGGGCAGCCGUUAAAGCUGCGCCCUCGUCGAAGACGGUCAUUGGUCCCCCUGCGACGACUAAAAAUAAACUUCCUGCCACAAAUAACAGAACCAAGACUACAAUAAUGCCUAAUGCGCCUGUUGAAAACACAAAGCCUUUGUCUGUGAUAGCUAAUGACAAUGAACCAGUCAAAAUGGACGUAGACCCUCCUGAACCUAAGAUAAUCUUGGAUCAAGAAAAGGAGGUCAGCAAAAAGGAAACUGUGGCAAAGAAACAUAAGCCGCAAGCAAUUGAUGCCGUUUAUACUGAAUACAAUCUAAAAUUCUCGCAAGCAUUACAACAACUUUCAAAUUAUUACGAGCAGUGGCAGAAAAUAAACGAUAACGACUCCAUUGAAAUUCCUACCGAGAUAAGGGAUGAUAUUAUUAGUACGUUGGGGAAAGUUCGCCUACUCCUGAGUUCUAAAUUACCACAAUUUGUGGAACUUUUGUACUCUUAUUUGUGCAAAGGCGUGACUCCCUCAAUAUUAGAAUGCGAUCUUCAGGGUUGGUGGGACGUAGCUUAUAUUCAGGUUUCACUUGUAUUCAGUGAAUUUGAAAAGUUGUCAGAACUUGAAUCGAAUAAGUGGGUUCGCCAAGAAAUUGUCAAGAAGAAGCCUCCUCCCCCAACUUUGAACGGUAUGAAGGGAAUAACGAAAGUACAAGGGACAGUAAGCAAAGGAAUGAAAGAAUUUCUUGCCAUGAAACGAAAGGUGAAGGUCGCCCAGAAUGACUCAGAAAGUCCAAUUACAACGAGUGGUGAAACUGCUAUGGAUUCUUCAUCCUCUGGCACAUCGAAUGAUGAAAAGAAAUUUGAAGGAGGAUUUUUCGUCAUCCAAAGUCCAGCCCGUUCAACAACAACGACCGGUACUGACUCGCGUCGAGCAAGCUUGCGACGAAAUGAAAAUUCGCCAAUCGUACCUAGUACCCGGCCCACUCAUACACCAGGCGGUCGUCGCCUUAGCACAAGCCUGAGUCUCAGGUCGCUUACUCUAAGGAAUUCCAUGGGUCCCCUUUACAAGGGUGAUAGCUUCACAAAUGCACCCUACAGUGCCCCCGGAGUUGGUAGAAGCCAAAAAACACUUUCCAAACUUAAUUGCUUAUAUAGCAUGAUAACCAAAGAGGUCAGAGCUUGGUGCCGUUCCCGCAGACGAUAUAGCUUCGCAUACCAAUAAUGCUUCAGAUACAUGUACAAAUGUAAUGGAUGGAACUGGAACCCCAUUGAAACGAUACUACGAAGGACGAGGGUUGCCUGUUCCCAAUGCUAACAUAGGUAAUUGAAGAACUUUAGUUUUCGUUCUCUUCAAGCGAUGGAAAUUUGUGCCUUUAUAAUGUUAUAAGCUAAUGGAUAAAAAUUGUACGACUUAUAAUUAUAUUUAGCUUAAUUUUUUAUAUUCCUCAUUAUUUAAAUGAACUAUAAGACACUCGUAUGUGUAGCGUUUUCCAAUGAAAUUUGCUUAUCGUAAUUUUAUCAUUGGGGUCCAAAAAUUCCCAAUUCUUAAUCCGCGUUAUUCUGUAAAAAUUGUCAUAUGUGACUAAUAUAUAAAAUCAGUAAAAUAAAAUAAUCCAAAUUUUAACUUGCGGGAAAAA